UGUGAACUGAAAAACAGCUGGCGUUUUGAGUGCACUGCGGCAUUAAACAAAUUAGUAAAUAAAAAACUGCAUUUAACGCCCCAAUCAUUAGAUGGCUUUCAAUUGCCUGUAGCAAAGGAUACAAUAAGCAAUGGAUUCCUCUUCGUGCUGCUUACUCUGCAUGUGCGAGUAUUCGGCCAUGAUGGGCGACUACAUAGACGUGCACUCCGCGCGGGCCGCGCAACUGGAGGUGGCCAGGAUCGUCAACCAGCACUUUCCCUUCCAGAUCUCCAAGGAAAGCCACGACAGGAUCUGCGGACGCUGCUGGAAAACGGUGUCCGACUUCAACACUUUGCAUGAAUUCGUUAGUGCGGCGCAGAGCUCGUUGCAGGAAACAAAAGUGUUGCUCAUGGAGGAUGAUCCCCUCACCCAGGGCACUUCCUCCUUCCCGGAAGUCGCCAAACUGCCAACGGAAGGGGAGGAGCCGCGGGCGCAGGAGCCAUCUGAACUUUGCGGGCGCAACUUUUUCUACCCGGAGGUCAAAAUAGAGGAGCACGAACUAGACCAUUUACCCCGCAUCGAGAUCCUGGAAAGCACCUCCAGCACGCAAACACCCCAGGAUCAACUGGAGGGCACAGCCAGACGCUUGAGGAAGCGCCUAAAGGCAGAGGACGGAUCCUCUGGGGACAAGGACAAGGAUGAGGAUGUCGCUGAUGCAACCGCUGAGCCCGCGCCGCCCAAAAAGCGACGUGGUCGCCCCCGGAAAUCGGAUACCGCCACUGCCGUUCUGCAGAAGCCAAAAGAAGACAUCCAACUGAACUUAAAGGCAGAGGAGCUCGAUGAGUUCAUGGACGAGGUUGCGGAUCCCGACUUCUCGUGCAACCUGGACGACGACCUGGUGCCCAGCGACAAUUCCUCCGAGGACAACGACGGAGGCAGCGGGGGCUUCGACUCUGAUUCCGACUUCGAGCUGGACAAUCCCGGGAAGCAGGAGUUCGCCGUGCUGCCCAAGAGGACGGUGGUGCGGCCCAAGAAGUACAAGAAGCGAACGAAACCGGCGGAGCCGAAAGUGCGAAUGUCCCGCGAACUGCUGGAGCAGCGGAAGAAACAGCAGGAGGAGUACGACGUAAUCAUCGCCAAGUUCUUCACCAGCGUGCUGCCGUGUGCCAUAUGCAAUCUGCUGGUGCACAACUUCACCGAGAUGCAGCGCCACCACAGACUCACCCACCAGGUCGAUCCCGGCUACAUGAUGUGCUGUGGCCGAAAGUUCACGCAACGCAAAGUGCUGGCCGAGCAUGUGCUCGUCCACUGGAAUCCUGAGCACUUCAAGUGCAGCGUGUGCGAGAAGUCAUUCCAGAACUCACGGCACCUGGAGUCGCACCAGCAGGUCCACAUGGAUCCGGCCAUUAAGCUGACGUUCAGCUGCGACCUGUGCUCGAAGACCUUCCUCAGCAAGACGGCCAUUGACUACCACAAGCUGAACAAGCAUGUGCCCAAGUCGGAGUUCAAGUUCACCUGUUCCGAGUGCAAUAAGAAAUUCCUCACCGAGCGCAAGCUGAAGAACCACAUGAACUCCAUGCACGACCCGGAGAGCACCAUCAUCUGCGACAAGUGCGGCAAGCAGAUGCGCACCAAGAUCAUCCUGAAGAAGCACCAGGAGCUGAUGCACUCGGACAAGCCGCGUCCGGAACCGGAACUGAAGCAGUGCCAGAUUUGUGGCGCCUGGCUGAAGGGCAUGACCGGUUUGAAGCAGCACAUGAAGAGCAUCCACGUGGAGAGUGCGGGCGAGCACCGCUGCCACAUCUGCGCCAAGGUGUCACCGAAUGCCAGAGCUCUCAGGCGUCACAUUUAUCACAAUCACGAGUGUGAGCGCAAGUUCAAGUGCACCAUGUGCGAGAAGGCCUUCAAACGGCCGCAGGAGCUUAAGGAACACACAUCCACCCACACCGGGGAGGUACUCUACACGUGUCCCAACUGCCCGAUGACGUUCUUCUGCAGCGCCAACAUGUACAAGCAUCGCCAGCGAUUGCAUCGCGCACAAUACGAGGCGGACAAGAAUCAGCCCAAGCCCCCUAAUAUUCUGAAGAUAUCGCGCAACGCCUCCUCGCAGAACAAGCCCAAACAGGAGAUCUAGCACCUAAAGAUCAUUAAUUGAAAUAGUCAAACGCCCUUUUCCACUUUCACAGAGUUUGAUCGAAUUUGAAAUAAUUAUGUCCCAAUUUAAACAUUUCUCUUUAUCAAUUUUUUAUAUUUGAAUUUUAACUAAUUCGAAUGAACUCUGUGAAAGUUGAAGUCCAAGAAGCGUUUGUCACCUUAGACAUAAGCUACAAGUAUUUAAUAAUAAAUGCAAACUGGAUUUGGCUCCAAUCCAAACAAUUGAUAACAAAACAAA